CUACGCGUGGAUAGGCUACAUCCUGAGAUAUUUUGUGUCUUUUUGAUGUAUGACGUAUUGGCGCCGCGUUGAUGGUUGCGUUUUGGAGUUUGAUAGCUCUAGUUCGGAUUCAAAGUUCGAAUGCGUGUUAAAAUCGGAAAGAAGCAAAAGCUGUCAUUUCCAAGCACUGACCUAUCCAUUAAUAGAGAACAAUGUUUGCAAGGCCAGUGAACAGUGAACCAGCGAAUGAUAGCCCAUGUUGAUUGGUGAUUGUGAUUGGUGCAGGAGAAGACUUGUUUUUAGCCGUAAACAAGGUCGUUCUUUGUGUCAAAAAUUCAUUUUGUGACGAAGAAUCUGUUUUUAUUAUUUACAUUUUAGUAAUAGACUGUCAACAGCAGGUAACAAAGGGCGCAGUUCGUACAUGUUGGUGUUGUAUAUUGGUUUAUAACAAAUUCGUAAUUCAGAACGUUCCAAUGAGUUUGGAAGGAGUUCUCAACACAGAGGGAUCUAAUGCAGGAGGAAUAUUUGUCCAGUUCAAUCAAGAUUGCACGUCACUGGUAGCGGGCAGCAGCAGCGGGUACCACUUGUUCGCACUGACACCGGAUGAUGGCGUGGAGGAGAUCUACGCGAGCCGAUCCGGCCAGGACACCUGCCUGGUGGACCGGCUCUUCAGCAGCUCCCUGGUCGCCAUCGUCACGGUCGCGGCGCCCAGGAAGCUGUACGUGUGCCACUACAAGCGCGGCACCGAGAUCUGCAACUACAGCUAUAGCAACACCAUCUUGGCCGUCAAGCUCAACCGCUCCCGGCUGGUGGUGUGCCUGGAGGAGUCGCUGCACAUCCACAACAUUCGCGACAUGCGCAUCCUGCACACGAUCCGCGACACGCCGCCCAACCCGCGCGGCGUGUGCGUGCUCUCGCCGGACGUGGAGCGCUGCUACCUCGCUUACCCCGGCUCCAGCGCGCUUGGCGAGGUGCAGAUCUUCGACGCGGUGCACCUGAACGCCAAGUGCGUGCUGAGCGCGCACGACAGCCCGCUGGCCGCGCUCGCCUGGUCCAUGUGCGGCCGCCGGCUGGCCACCGCCUCGGAGCGCGGCACCGUCAUCCGCGUGUUCGCCGUGCCCGAGCGCACGCGCCUCUACGAGUUCCGGCGCGGCGUGAAGCGCUGCGUCAGCAUCGGCUGCCUGGCGUUCAGCGCGUGCGGCCAGCUGCUCGCCGCCACCUCCAACACGGAGACGGUGCACGUGUUCCGGCUGUGCGAGCCGGCGCGCGACGACGCCCCGCCCGACGGCUGGCUGGGCUGGCUCUCGCAGGCCGUCACCGCGGGCGCCGGCUACCUGCCCGGCGCCGUGGCCGACGUGCUGGCGCAGGGGCGCGCCUUCGCCGCCGCGCGCCUGCCCGCCUCCGGACACCGCGCCGUCGUCGCCGUCACCAACGUGCCAAAGGGCGGUGCUGGGAAUGCGGGUGGUGCGGGCGCGGCGAGCGGUGCGGGCGGCGCGCGGUUGCUGGUGGCGACGUCGGCGGGCGUGCUGUACGUGUACGCGCUGGCGGCCGAGGGCGGCGAGUGCACCCUGCUGCGCACACACCGCCUCAUCGAGGACGCGACGCCCGCGCACGGCGACGCCCGGCCACGACCUGACGAGUCGGAGCGCGCGCAGGAGCUGGGCGCGGCGGUGGACAGCUCGCCCCCGCGCGGCGCCUUCGACCUGCGCGACCCCGCCCACUUC